CAUCUUGACCUCUCCUUCCCCAGGCCACCCUAUGGGCAGUGUGACCAGAGCUCUGCAACCCCCAUGGCUGCGUGGGUGAAGCCGUGACACUGUGCCACCUCUGCGUCAGUGCUGGGCUCGUGGGGACGCUGGGGCACAGAGUGGUGCUGCCAACGGACCUGAGCUGCACCGCCUGCCCCAGUACAGAAGCUGAGCUGUAGCAUGCAGGCGGAAGAGGGCACAGACUGGCUGCUGGAGCUGCUGACUGAGCUGCAGCUGCAACAAUACUUCCUGCGCAUCCGGGAUGAACUCAACGUCACCCGCCUGUCCCACUUCGAGUACGUCAAAAAUGAGGAUCUGGAGAAGAUUGGCAUGGGGCGCCCCGGCCAGCGGCGGCUGUGGGAGGCAGUGAAGCGGAGGAAAGCCAUGUGCAAGCGGAAAUCUUGGAUGAGCAAGGUGUUCAGUGGGAAGCGCCCCGACUCGGAGCUGCCUCCUCAGCCCCACAGCACCUUCCGCAAGCCCCCAACGCCACCCCCCCCAGACACAGGGGGCCAGCAUUCCCUCACCUGCCUCAUCAGGGAGCGAGACCUCUCGCUCUUCGAGAAGUUGGGUGAUGGCUCCUUUGGUGUUGUGCGUCGUGGAGAGUGGUGCACGCCUGCUGGCAAGACGCUCAACGUGGCUGUGAAGUGUCUGAAGACGGAUGUGCUGAGCCAGCCGGAGGUGCUGGAUGACUUCAUCCGCGAGGUGAAUGCCAUGCACUCGCUGGACCACAAGAACCUCAUCCGCCUCUACGGCGUGGUGCUCUCCCACCCCAUGAAGAUGGUGACAGAACUGGCCCCUCUUGGCUCCCUCCUGGACCGUCUGCGGAAGAACCAGGGCCAUUUUCUCAUUUCCACGCUGUGCCAGUACGCCAUCCAGGUGGCCAAGGGUAUGGCCUACCUGGAGUCCAAGCGCUUCAUCCACAGAGACCUGGCUGCCCGCAACAUCCUGCUGGCCUCCAAUGAGCAGGUCAAGAUUGGGGACUUUGGGCUGAUGAGGGCUCUGCCCAAAAAUGACGACCACUACGUGAUGCAGGAACAUCGUAAGGUGCCCUUUGCCUGGUGUGCUCCUGAGAGCCUAAAGACACGCACUUUCUCCCACGCAAGUGAUACUUGGAUGUUUGGGGUGACACUAUGGGAGAUGUUCACCUAUGGACAGGAGCCAUGGAUUGGCCUCAAUGGCAGCCAGAUCCUACACAAGAUUGACAAAGAGGGUGAGAGGCUGCCACGGCCCGAGGACUGUCCCCAGGAUGUCUACAACGUCAUGCUGCAGUGCUGGGCCCACAAGCCCGAGGACCGGCCCACUUUCGUGGCCCUGCGUGACUUCCUGGUGGAGGCCCAGCCCACCGACAUGAGGGCUCUGCAAGACUUUGAGGAACCCGACAAGCUGCACAUCCAGAUGAACGACAUCAUCACGGUCAUCGAGGGCAGGGCCGAGAAUUACUGGUGGCGGGGUCAGAAUAAGCGGACCCUAAAAGUGGGCCAGUUCCCCCGCAACACGGUGACCUCGGUGGCGGGGCUGUCGGCCCAUGACAUCAGCCAGCCGCUUAAAAACAGCUUCAUCCACACAGGCCAUGGAGACACCAACCCUCAGCAGUGCUGGGGGUUUCCCGAUAAAAUUGAUGAGCUGUACCUGGGAAAUCCCAUGGACCCUCCUGAUGUUUUAGGAGUGGACCUGAGUGCUGCCAGACCCACCCAGCUCCCAGGAAGGGCUAAAAGGCAGCCGCCUCCGCGCCCGCCUCAGCCUUCCAUCCUGCUUACCAAGCCCUCCUACGACCCGGUCAGUGAGGAGGACGAGGGCCUGUCGGCAGGCCUCCGAAAGCUCUGCCUGAAGAAGCCAGGUCCAGGGAAGGGCCUGCGGCUUGCUAAGCCCUCUGCCCGCGUGCCGGGCACCAAGGUGGGCGAGCGGCAACCCAGCCGGUCACCCAGUGAGGGACCAACGAGCGGCGAGGUGACCCUCAUUGACUUUGGGGAGGAGGUGCCCCCCACUACCCCUUCGCCUGUGGGGGAGCUGACGGCCCCCUCCCUCGCCAAACUGGCUAUGGAAGCCUUCUCGCUGCUGGACAAAACCCCCCCGCAAAGCCCCACACGGGCCCUGCCCCGGCCCCUCCACCCCACGCCAGUGGUGGACUGGGACGCCCGGCCCUUGCCCCCACCGCCCGCCUACGAUGACGUGGCACAGGACGAGGAUGACUUCGAGGUGUGCUCCAUCAACAGCCCCCUGGGGCGACGGGGCAGCCGUACUGGCCUUCCCAGGGCACGUGAGCGGGGUGAAACCAACUACGGCUUUGUGGAUGAGGGUGAGCGGGCGGCGGGGCUGGAGGACAACCUCUUUCUGCCCCCCAAGGACACCAAGCAACCCAGCCUGAUGCAGACUACUGAGAUCUUCCAGGAGCUGCAGCAGGAGUGCAUGAAGAGGUUCAACGUGCCCCGGGGGCCAUCCGCGUGCCUGGCUGACGACAAACCCCAAAUCCCACCCCGCGUUCCCAUCCCUCCUCGGCCGCUGCGCCGCAAUGAACCUGGGCGUUGGUCUGGUGAGCUGUCCCCAGCCUCAGGGGGCGAAGAGGACCGGCCACCCCAAAUCCCCCCUCGGGACCCACUGUCACAGCCCACUUCACGGACGCCCAGCCCCAUGGCCCUGCAGGUGGGCUCCCCACAGCAGCGGGCUGCCCUCUGCUCUUGCCUGUCCACGUCGCCGGGGAAACCCAUGCCCACCACGCAGAGCUUUGCCCUGGACCCCAAAUACGCUACCCCCAAAGUGAUCCAGGCACAGGGCAAGGACUGCUCCAAGGGGCCUUGCAUCCUGCCCAUUGUGAAGGAUGGGCAGAAGGUCAGCAACACCCACUAUUACCUGCUGCCCGAGCGCCCUGCCUACCUGGACAAGUAUGAGAAGUUUUUCAAGGAGGCCAAAAGCCCUGAAGAGGCACCAGCAUCCCGCACGGUCACCACGGCCACCGUCCGGCCCAUGGUGCAGCAGCAGCCUGACUACAAGGCCAACUUCUCGUCCAACAACAGCAAUCUUGGGCCCAAGUGUUUGGUGAAAGCUUCCUGCAGCCUCCAGAAAAUUGUAUAUGAUGGGCCAGAUGGUUAUCGUCCCUCGGAGAAGAUCCGGCUGGUUCAGGACACAGUGCAUGGCGUCACCACCGAGGAGUGCCAGGCAGCCCUGCAGAACCACGGCUGGAAUGUUCAACGUGCCAUCCAGUACUUGAAGGUGGAGCAGCUCUUCUGCCUGGGGCUGAAGUCCCGUGUGGAGUGCCACCGGGUGCUGGAGAUGUUCGACUGGAACCUGGCGCAGGCCAGCUCCCACCUCCUCGACCCCUACAGCUCCUCCAGGCAGAAGCGGUGACAGCAGGAACCAGGUGAGCGAUACCGGACCCAGAGCAGGCGUCUCACUGCGGGGUCACCACCCCGAUCCCACCAUCUGCUGCUGGACUCUGGACUGAGCCCCACCUGGGGGAUGGGGGCAACCCCAAAAAGGAUCCUGCCAACAGUUGAGACUAUGCCACAGCCCCUGUGUCUGGGGGGUCUGUGCCCUGGCUGAGGAGAUGAGCUCCAUCCCUUGGCCUGAUGUCGAAUUGUUUUUGUAAAGAGAAAUGUAAUUUUAAUAUAUAUAUAUAUUA